AUGGCAGGAGUGCCACAAAAGACACUCACCUGGCUGUAUGAUGUUUUGAAACAUGAAUACCGCGACCCGAAUCGAGCGUAUUCCGACCUCGCUCACGUCCUCGCCCGCCAUCCAGGACUUGCUCCCCGGACAGAUGUCUACACAUUCGAGAAUGGAGCGUCCGCACUCCUGGUCCAUUUCAAAGGAACCAUCCCGGUCACCUUCCGAGGGAACACAUAUCGGUUCCCUAUAUCGCUAUGGAUCCCUUACGCCUACCCGUAUGAACCGCCGAUCUGCUAUGUCACGCCGACGGUGGAGAUGAUGAUCCGACCGGGACAACAUGUCGGCGGAGAUGGGAAGAUAUAUCACCCUUACCUGGCACAGUGGAGGGAAACAUGGGAGAGAUCCAACAUUGUGGACUUUUUGUCUAUUUUGUCGGAUGUGUUCGCCAAAGAACCCCCUGUGAUGGCGAGAACACCUCAACAGCAGCAGCAACAACAAAGACCGGUUCAACCUCCUCCACCGCCUGUGCCGCCUCUGCCUAGGGAGGUGCAGCAGCAGCAGCAUCCAGCCUCGUCCAUGCAUGGUGCAAGGCCUCCCUCAAUGUACGAUGCAAGGCCUCCUUCAGUACAGUCGGGAGCUCCUGUACCGCCCCCACCUCCACCCAAACAACCAGCUAAUGGUGUCUCGAGUCCGAGUCCAAGUCCAAUCGAAUCUCCUGUCGCAUACCGAAGUUCAGGACGAUAUGAUGCUCCGCCUCCACUGCCACAAAGUCCGGGACUGAAGGCCUCGAGAACACCACAACAUUACGCCGACGGGAAUGUGCAACAGCUAACAGGCGGCAUGAAUUACUUGCCACAACGAACGACUAGUCUGAGACAGAGUAGUGUACCUCUUCCACCGCAUCAGCCGGCGUACGAACAACAACAGCUACAACAAGCGUACCGAAAUCAACCACCACGGUCAGGGGAACAACAGCAAUAUCCGCCUGGCCCCCAGAUCCAAAGUCCUCCACCAGAUCAAGGAUAUGACCGGAGUAGACCCGCUGUCAAUCAAUACGGACAAGGGCAAAGACAGCCACCUGGACCUAUGUCAAGUGCUCAAUACUAUCCAUCAGGUCCAUCUCCUUUUCCUCCUCCGGCGCCUCUUGGACAACCGCAGCCGCAACAACACUCACAUCCCCAACCACAAUACACAAAUCAAUAUGGACCUCCUCCUCUCCCUAGCCAUCCACAACAACCACCAUAUGACCAACAACGCCAACCGACACACCCAAAUCCCAAACCUCCUCGUCCGCCUACGCCUAACAUUCUCGACGACCCCUUCGACAUCCCUCUGCCAUCGACCUCACAACAUCCACACACCAGCGCAGGCCUCAACAACAUUCCAGCACCUCCAAUCCCACGCAACCCAGAACGAGAGGCUCUUCUAACCCACCUCUCCCACCUCAUCACUCAAUCACUGCACGCGCAAAUCUCGCAAUCCACAGCCGCACUAGGCCCAUUAACCUCUCAAAAUGCCGCACUCCAAACAACUUUCCAAACUCUUUCCAACGAGAUUUCCAACUUACAAUCUCUCCAAGCGACACUUAAGUCCAACAUCUUGCUCCUACAGACAUCGCUCGCGAAAUCCGACUCGGUCAUUUCAUCCGCCCGCAAACGCGCCCAGCAGAACGAUAUCCCCAAAGUCGACGAAAUGUUGAUGGCCCCCACUGUCGUGGCGCGCCAAUUAUACGACGCGGCCUGCGAGGAGAGGGGGAUCGAGGCGGCCAUCUUGGCUCUGCAGGAUGCUUUUGUGCGUGGCCGGCUGGGCGCUGAAGUCUGGGCCAGACGUACAAGAGAAUUGGCCAGAGAGGAAUUCAAAAGGCGCUGGUUGGAGAGGAAGGUCGCGAAGGGUAUGGGGCUGGAUCUGGGCGAUAGUCCAAGUGGGCUCGAUGGUGCAACUGAUGUGUAUGGUGGUGGUGGUCCUGGUAGUAAUGUAUCCUCAAGUACGGGUGCUGGUAUGGGAAUAGGUGCGGGUGGUGCUUAUGAGCUGAGGGCACCUCUACACGCUUAA